GCUAACCUGAUUUCGAGUACAGGAGCCUAUGUUUCAACCCUCCCCAUUUUAUCGAUAUCGAUAAGAAUCGCAAGCGUGUAGCGUACUACACUAUUUAAAUCGGUUAUGUUGGUAUUAUGGUUCCUUGACAGUUCUUUGUCGUAGAUUUUGGUAAUGAUUUGCGAAACAAACUGAGUCCACUCGCUAGUAUGGAAGUCCCGUCUCUUAAAACGUAGUGAUUAUAUGCUCUUUGGCAAGAACUGUCAUUUGAGUCAUUUCGCUUUAUAACAAACCUUUUUCUAUAAUCUUAAUCAUUUAUUUAGCUACCAUGUAGCUACCUACUGCUUUUCUUUACUUCAUUUUAAGCUACAGUAUAUAACUAUGUAUAUGGUAAGUGGGGCAAAUUUACAUGGCCAGUGGUUUGAUGCGAUUCCUGUGUUAGAUGCAUUUCAACAUGUAUCCAUAAAAGACCGUGAUGAUGAUAUUGAUAGAACAGAAUUUAAAUUAAUUCAUAUCUGCUGGUCCUAUAAUUUGUUUCAAGACAAAAAUAAAGUUUACUUAGCUGGAUCAUUUAAUGGAAAUAAUAAAAAGUUAAUUAUGCUAACUUUACCUAUAAAAGUUGUGAACAACAAAUUUUUGUUCUGUGGAAAUGACUACAGUUUAUUUUUGUUUGAGAAAGAGUUACAUAUAAUGUGGGUGAUCAAUUUAGAAGAUACAGAUAAUGUCACGAAAAUAAAUAUGAAGACAGAAAUUCCAAGUACCAUUAAACGGUUGAAAGAAGAUGAUGCUAUUGUUAAAGUUUGUAGUUCAAACUUUAAUUUAAUAAGUUUAACAGCAGGAGGAACUGUUUAUACUGGACUACUGCCGGGACCCAUAGAUGUCUUCAACUGCAUAGGCAAAGUUUGUGAUGUUCAAUGUGGAUAUGAGCACUAUCUUCUGCUUACCGAUAAAGGCAGAGUAUAUUCAUGGGGAAAUGGAAGGAGGCUACAGCUUGGUCAUGGAGAUCUUAACAGUAUUGACUCUCCCAAAGAAGUAGAAGCUCUCAGUGGUAUUAACAUAACAAAGAUAAGUGCUGGAGGUUGGCACUCCUUAGCCUUAAGUGAAUCAGGAGAUCUAUAUGCUUGGGGAUGGAAUGAAACUGGACAGUUAGGAAUAAAAGAGACAGAGCCAGCUGACAAUGACCAUCUAAAAGUUCACCAAAGUGGCCUCAACAGCUACAGUCAGCCCACAUUAGUUGACAUCUUUGAUGAAAAUGGUGAUAUAUAUGACAAAAAUGUAAAAUACAUAUCAUGUGGCAAUCUACACUCUGCAAUAAUAUUAGAAGACAAUACUGUGUGGACAGCAGGCUGUAAUAAAUAUGGACAAUUAGGAUUUGACAAGGAAAUCACAAAACAUGAACAUUUUUUCCAAAAGGCAUAUCAGGGUUUAGAAAAUUGCUUGAUAAAAUGUGGGCCUUGGGUUACUGUUAUUUACUAAUUGUAUGUAUUUGUAUUCAUAAGUUAUUAAGAUGUAUCUAAUUAUACAAUAUCAAGGUA